AUGAUACAUGGACCAUGUGGUAUUUUGAAUCCUCACUCACCAUGCAUGGAAAAUGGUUCGUGUACAAAAAAAUUUCCGAAAGAUUUUCAAAAAGAAUCUCAACACAAUGUGAAUGGAUAUCCAUUUUAUCAACGUAGAGAUAAGGGUUUUAUUCAUGUCGGAGGUAAGCCAGUUGAUAAUCGAUACGUAAUCCCUUAUAACAAAUAUCUAUUAUUAAAAUUUAAUGCACACAUAAAUGUUGAAAUAUGUACAUCAAUAAAAUCCGUCAUAUAUAUUUUUAAGUACGUUUACAAAGGAUACGACUGCGCUAAUAUAGAUCUUAAAACUAAUUCGCUUCAAUCUCAUGAUGAAAUUAGAAUGCAUAUAAAUGCCCGAUAUGUAAGUGCAUGUGAAGCCAUGUGGAGAUUAUUAGAAAAUCGUAUGCAUGAUCGAUCUCACGGUAUAAAUCGAUUAGCAAUACACUUGCCAUUUCAUCAACCGGUAUAUUUUAUAGAAGGACAAGAACGUCAGGCAUUAGAGAAAUCUGCCAGCAGAAAUACUACAUUAACUGCCUGGUUUGAAUUAAAUAAAAAUGAUGUUAAUGCCCGUCAAUAUUUAUAUGUCACUAUACCAUAUCAUUAUACUUUCAGCGCUAAUAAGUGGAAACCAAGGCAAAGACAAAACAAUAUAAUUUCAAGGAUGUAUACUGUUGAUCCUAAAUCCGGCGAGAGAUUUUUCCUACGUUUACUAUUACUUCAUGUUGUUGGCGCCACAAGUUUUGAAUAUUUGAGAACUGUAAAUGGAGUUUUAUAUAAUACUUUUAAAGAGGCGGCUUUUAAAAGAAAUUUAUUGGUUGAUGACAAGGAAUGGGAAGUAUUUAUGGAAGAAGCGUCAACAUUUUUAAUGCCCAUACAGUUGCGUCAAUCUUUUGCCUUUAUUUGUAUUUUUUGUCAGCCAGAAAAUCCAAAUAACCUCUGGGAAAAAUUUUAA